CGGGGCAGGAGGCGGGUUACGGGGCGCGGUGACGUUCCUUGCGCCGCGGUCACAGGUCCGGCAGAGAUGCUGCUGCUCCGACCCAUCGUGAGAGGACGCUGGGUCCUCCAGAGAACGCCCAGGUUGGCAGCUGUGGCCUGGGGGUCCCACCCCCAAGCCUGCACUGCCUGGACCCCCUCCCGCGCUCAUGGCACCUGGAGCCCAGGCGACGGCAGCCGGAGACGGAAGGUCAUGGCCGUGGGGGCUCUGCUGGGCCUGGGCGCCGGCCUGGCCUACGGAGAUCACCGCAGGCGGGCGGCGGAGGCCGAGCCGAACGCUGAGGCCACGCCCGGGGCGCCGUACCCCGUGUUCACCCGCCAGGAGGUGGGGCGGCACCGCAGCCUGGCCGAGCGGGUCUGGGUGACCUACGGACGCGAGGUCUUCGACAUCACCGACUUCGUGGAGCUGCACCCGGGGGGCAAGAGCAAGAUCCUGCUGGCGGCAGGGGGCGCCCUGGAGCCCUUCUGGGCCAUGUACGCCGUGCACAGCCAGGCGCACGUGCUGGAGAUCCUGCAGGCCUACAAGGUGGGGGAGCUGAGCCCUGAGGAGCAGAGUCAGGCCACCCAGGGGGACCCCUACUCCGGGGACCCCCCUCGGCACCCCGCCCUCCAAGUCAACAGCCUCAAGCCCUUCAACGCGGAGCCGCCGGCCGAGCUGCUGACCGAGAACUACCUGACGCCCAACCAGCUCUUCUUCAAACGCAACCACCUCCCGGUGCCAGCUGUGGACGCCGCCAGCUACCGGCUGCAGGUGGAGGGGCCGGGGGGCCGCGUGCUGGCGCUCUCGCUGCCCGAGCUCAAGCGCCGCUUCCCCAAGCACGAGGUGACAGUCACCCUGCAGUGUGCCGGGAACCGCCGCUCAGAGAUGAGCCGCGUCCGGCAGGUGAAGGGGCUGGAGUGGGGGGUGGCGGCCAUCAGCACGGCCCGCUGGGGCGGCGUCCGGCUCCGGGAUGUCCUGGCGCAUGCCGGUUAUGGGGAGGAGGAGGAGGCCGGGGAGCAGCACGUCUGCUUCGAGGGCCUGGAUAAGGACCUGAGCGGGGCGGCCUACGGAGCCUCCAUCCCCUACCGCAUGGCCAUGUGCCACGGGGCUGACGUGCUGCUGGCCUACGAGAUGAACGGCGAGGAGCUGCCGCGGGACCACGGCUACCCGCUGCGGGUGGUGGUGCCGGGCGUGGUGGGCGCCCGCAACGUCAAGUGGGUUGGCCGGGUCUCCGUGAGCCCGGAGGAGAGCCCGAGCCACUGGCAGCGGAACGACUACAAGGGCUUCUCGCCCGCAGUGGACUGGGACACGGUGGAUUUCACCACGGCCCCCGCCAUCCAGGAGCUGCCCAUCCAGUCGGCCAUCACGGACCCCGCGCCGGGGGCCACCGUCCCACCCGGGGAGCUGACGGUCAAGGGCUACGCCUGGAGCGGGGGCGGGCGCGGCGUGGUGCGCGUGGACGUCUCGCUGGACGGCGGCCGGACGUGGCGCGUGGCCGAGCUGAUGGGCGAGGAGCAGCGGCCGGGCCGGGCCUGGGCCUGGCGCCUGUGGCGGCUCACGGCCCCCAUUCCACCCGAUGCCACAGAGCUGGAUAUUGUCUGCAAGGCCGUGGACGCCAGCUACAACGUGCAGCCCGACACGGUGGAGCCCAUCUGGAACCUGCGGGGGGUGCUGAGCAACGCCUGGCACCGCGUCCGCGUCACCGUGGCCGAGGAUUAA